AUGGAGCUCGCCACAAUGGACCCUGUUGCGCAGCAGGAACUGCAGCGCAUGACGCGGGCGAUCGAGGAGUACGCGUCUCGGUUGGACUCUCUCGGCGCCGAACUGGAGACUAUCGAGCAGCAGAACCGCAACGAUGAAGUGAGUCGUCAGAUUCAGCAGUACAACGAGGCCGUGGUGGCGCCACAGGAGAUCGCCGUCGAGGAUGCCAUGGACAACAUCGUCCGCAUGCAGAACCAGCUGAAGAUUGCGCAGCGCCGCAACCAGCUGCUGGCGCGCGAGAAUGCCAUGCAGGAGAAGCUGCUGCGCGAACGGGCAAACAAGCUUAACAGCACGCACAAAGAGCUGGACACGAUAAUGGCCGCAACGGGCUGGUACGGCGGCAAGCGUGAUGUGCAGUUCUCACGGAUCGAGCGCGAGCAGGCGGAUAUUCACGACAUGUCGCUUGUGGAGACGUCUUUGCGCUCCGACAUCAAGAGCAGCAAAUUGACGAUUGCGAAGCUGGAGAAGACAGUGCUAGCGCUGAGCGCGAAGAUGCUGGAGAACGAGGAGCGUCGCACGAGGUAUAUGCAGCUGUGCAACGACUGCCGGGUGCGAGAGAAAGAGUGCAGCGAGAUGCAGGCCACGGCGCAACGCAUGGCGGCAGACAACAAUAAGCUGCAGCUGGUGGUAAAGACAGAAAGCGACUCAACCCUCAUCGAGAAUAGCAUCGCGUGCAUGGAGAGCGAUCGCGAGUUCCUCUCCGACGCCGUGCAGGACAUGAAGAUGGCCUGCCGCCGCCAGGAAAAUGUUAUCAAAGCGCAAAUCACCCGUGAGCAGCAGCUGCAACGGCGCUUGGAUACCGUGACCAAGUCGCUGAAUGAGAUGCGGCUGGCGCGCGAAUUCGAACGCAACGUUGCCAAGUCGGCGUUGGUGCCGUCGGCCUCGCGCGAGGAGCCGGAGGACGUGGCGGAGGUGCUGCCUCAGGAUGAGUACAUACCAGUGGACACUUUCCGGCUUCUCUACAAGAACAACGAGAUGAUGCGCACCAACGUAGCACGCAAGAACAUGCUCGUGUUGGAGAAGGAGAGCGUUGUGCAGUCGAUGGAGGCGAGGGUGAUGCAGCACAUUGAAAAGCACAACGAAAUUGCCCGGUUUGAUGACAACAUUCAGAUUUCGGCCGAAGCAUCUGUGCGCGCCGCAAAGCUCAACCUCGACGUCGAGGAGAAUAAGCUGAUAAGCCAAAUCGAGAAUCUGCGUGUGUCGAACAAUCAGAUGCGCGUCGCUAUCUCCAAGAAAGCGGCAUCGAUGCAGGCUCACAAGGCGGUAUCGGGUCACAGGAAAUAA